AUGGUCAUAAACGUAGAUGAUGUUUAUAUUGCUCUCCACCACCACUGGAUCUUGGACGUCUCAAUAUUCCCCGAUGGUCGACAGCGCUUGCAGCUUGCACUUCUGAUUCUUGUGUGUGCUUAUACCGCUUCUCGUCCUGGUGCGCUGGUAUAUGUUGAAAGGAAUAUCAAGGUCAAGAAAAGCACCUCCCCAAUCUUGGAUGACAGUUUGGAUGAAAUGGAUGAAUUGGACGCGGACGAGAUGGACGUCGAUGAUGACCCUACGAGCCCAGAAGAACAUAUUGAAGCUCUGAAAACACUCUGUUACGAGGAUGUCACUCUCGUGCUACUCCCGAAUCUAGCGGGCAUCCGAGAUAUCUUUGCCAUGGAAGUAAAUUCAACUUCUCUUUUAGGCAAGUUAUGUUAUUAG